AUGAAUUCCUGGUAUCAAAACACGUCCUGCAGCCCAUUCUACCGACUUGAUCAGUCUUGUACACUAGGAAAUUACGUCAGCUACGCCAUUCCCGUGUCUGGUCCCGAUGACGUCGUCGCCGCCAUUAACUUUACGCAAGCGCACAACGUACGUUUAGUCAUCAAAAACACAGGUCACGACUUUCUGGGCAAGUCCACCGGAACAGGUGGUCUAUCACUCUGGACUCACAAUCUUCAAUCCAAGGAGAUCGUAAACUAUACCAGCAUUGCAUAUACUGGCCCUGCUAUCAAGGUUGGGGCUGGUGUCACGGGUGGAGACGCUCUUCUUCAUGCAUCUCAAUUUGGGUACCGCCUUGUAUCAGGCGAUUGCCCGACAGUUGGUUACGCGGAAGGAUACUCGUCUGGGGGCGGUCACAGCUUGUUGAACAGUGUACAUGGCCUAGCUGCGGACAAUGUACUGGAGUGGGAAGUAGUCGCAGCAGACGGGAGAUAUCUGACUGCCAGUUCAUCCAAAAAUGAAGACCUUUACUGGGCGCUUUCUGGUGGCGGAGGAGGUAAUCUUGCCGUUGUUCUCAGCAUGACGGCAAAGAUACACACCGACAGCGUCAUCGGUGCCGCAACACUAAGCUUCAAUACCACCGCCAGCCCUAGCAACGCCUCGUACGUCUCCGCAGUCAACUCAUGGUGGAAAUUCCUACCCACUCUUGUCGAUGUUGGCGCAUCCCCUUCUUUCAACAUACUCGAUGGCAAAUUCAUCGUCCAUAACACUACGGCACCGGGAAAAUCAGCAAGCGAAAUGUCCGAACUGUAUGCGCCCUACCUAGCGCAACUUGACGCACUGCAAAUCCCCUAUAAUUUCGCCACGUAUGCUGCUACAUCCUGA